GGGUCACGGCGCCUGAAGCCCACGUGCGCCGCCGAGCCCGAGGUGGCCUCGAGCGCGGCGGCUGACAGCACAGCCCGCCUGAGCUGCCUCCCGCGCUCCUCCCCGAGGAAAGGAUUUUGAUUUCAAAGAAAGGAAGGAAGGAAGGACAACUCCCAGCUUCCCCGUCCCGCCCUCCCCGCUCCGAGGGCCGGGCCAGGCCAUGCCCAAGAAGGCGGCGGCGGCGGCGAACCAGCAGAAGGGACUUUCCUGGCAGCCCGGCGACGAGGAGCGCAGACAGUGAGUUUGCUCUGCCCCGGUUCAUGGUUCCUGCAAGCCCUCUAGGAGGCGGAAAGCUGCAGCCCCUCCCCUUGCCCCGAAGAGCCUUCCGCGUUCUCUCGCCCUCGGGCCCACCCCGCGCCGCCCGGGCUCCCGCCGCCGCAGCCCAGUGCCCUCUGCCCGCGGCGGUGGAUGGCAUGAUGGUGCGGGGAAGGCACCGCGGCCUUGGCCAGCUGAGUCGCGACGGCCGCCGGGGCGGCGGCAGUGGUAGCGGGCUCCCCAGCGGCAUGCCAGUGCCCCCCGGGCGCGAUGGCUAGCGGCAGCGCCGGGAAGCCCACUGGCGAGGCGGCUUCUCCGGCUCCUGCGAGCGCCAUCGGCGGGGCCAGCUCGCAGCCGCGGAAGAGGCUGGUAUCCGUCUGCGACCACUGCAAGGGCAAGAUGCAGCUGGUGGCCGACCUGCUGCUGCUGUCGAGCGAGGCGCGGCCCGUGCUCUUCGAGGGCCCCGCCUCCUCUGGUGCCGGCGCCGAGUCCUUCGAGCAGUGCCGGGACACCAUCAUCGCGCGCACCAAGGGGCUCUCCAUCCUCACCCACGACGUGCAGAGCCAGCUCAACAUGGGCCGCUUCGGGGAGGCGGGGGACAGCCUGGUGGAGCUGGGCGACCUGGUGGUGUCGCUGACCGAGUGCUCGGCCCACGCGGCCUAUCUGGCGGCUGUGGCCACGCCGGGCGCCCAGCCUGCGCAGCCGGGCCUGGUGGACCGCUACCGCGUGACGCGAUGCCGCCACGAGGUGGAGCAGGGUUGCGCCGUGCUGCGCGGCACGCCGCUGGCCGACAUGACGCCGCAGCUGCUGCUGGAGGUGUCGCAGGGCCUGUCGCGCAACCUCAAGUUCCUGACGGACGCGUGCGCCCUGGCCAGUGACAAGUCACGGGACCGCUUUUCGCGGGAGCAGUUCAAGCUGGGCGUCAAGUGCAUGAGCACCAGCGCGUCGGCGCUGCUGGCCUGCGUGCGCGAGGUGAAGGUGGCGCCCAGUGAGCUGGCGCGCAGCCGCUGUGCGCUCUUCAGCGGGCCCCUGGUGCAGGCAGUGAGCGCCCUGGUAGGCUUCGCCACCGAGCCGCAGUUCCUGGGUCGCGCGGCAGCUGUGAGCGCCGAGGGCAAGGCGGUGCAGACCGCCAUCCUGGGCGGCGCCAUGAGCGUGGUGUCGGCCUGCGUGCUCCUGACCCAGUGCCUCAGGGAUCUGGCGCAGCACCCCGACGGGGGCGCCAAGAUGUCGGACCACAGGGAGAGGCUGAGGAACUCGGCCUGCGCCGUGUCUGAAGGCUGCACCCUGCUAUCUCAGGCUUUAAGGGAGAGGUCUUCGCCCAGGACUUUACCGCCAGUGAAUUCCAAUUCUGUGAAUUAGCACCCCACCCCCAUACCCCUUCUUCCACCCCCAGACUAAAGGAAGAUACUUACUCUCUGCCCCUCUCCAUUUAUACCAAAGAAAUCAUAGGUGAAACCCCCUACCCUCCCCAACGUUAAAUGCUCGAGAGGAAUCUUCCACAAGGCAGGGCCAUGCACACAACCUGCACACGCACUUGGAGGGCCCAGGUGUCUGUCCACCAGCCCCCAUGCAGUAGGGACUGGAAGAUAUGUCAUCUGCUGGUUGUGUUAUCACUCCCGCCCCCUACCCCAGCCCGUCUUCCGGAAUUUCUCAACUAAAUUUGAUUAUUGGGCAGGAAGGAGGUCAUGGGUUCAUUUCAUUUUUGUUUUUUGUGUUUUUAAUUAAAAGAAAGGUUACCUCAGUUUUCACUCCUUAGACAUGGAUGUAGCUACCUUUUUUUGUAUGUCUUUUUUUUUUUCAGCAAUCGUGUUGAAUUAGGAGUAUACUUGGUGUGGAAAGAGUAUGAAUUUGCCAUGUGAUUUGCAAAUGGGGGGAAGCUACUGUGAGCGUGUGUUUUUUUAAUUUACACUAUAGAGUGAUUUUUUUUCCCCCAACGUCAAGUUUUUACCUUGCAUGUACUGGAGUAUUUAUUUCAUCUAUUAAAAUGUUAUGUUUCUCAGA